CCCUCACUGCUCUUCUUGUCCCCGCAGGGCCCCACUCCUUGCAGUACUUUAAUGUCGUGGUGUUGGAACCCAGCCCCGGGGUGCCCGAGUUUGUGGAAGUGGGGUUCCUGGAUGGGACCCUCAUCUCGCGCUACGACAGCGAGACGGGGAGGACUGUGCCCCGGGCGGACUGGAUGGCGGCCAACCUGGACCAGCAGCACUGGGACAGCCAGACCCAGAUCAAACAGAGGGAUCAGAGGUUUAAUCGUGUGAACCUGGAGACAGUGCGGGGCCGCUACAACCAGAGCGGGGGGGCUCACACGUGGCAGGAAAUGUACGGCUGUGACCUCCUAGAGGAUGGUAGCACCAGGGCAUAUAAUCACUACGCCUACGACGGAAGGGACUUCAUUGGCUUCAACAAGGACACGAUGACGUUCACCGCAGUGGACACAGGGGCAGAAAUCGCCAAGAGGAAGUGGGAGGAGGACGGGACUGUUGCUGAGCAGUGUAAGCACUUCCUGGAGAACACCUGCAUCGAGAGGCUGAGGGAAUACGUGAGCUACGGGCGGGCUGUGCUGGAGAGGAAAGAGCGCCCCACGGUGCGAGUGUCGGGGAAGGAGGCCCACGGGAUCCUGACCUUGCACUGCCGCGCUUACGGCUUCUACCCGCGGCCCAUCACCGUCAGCUGGCUGAAGGACGGGGAGGUCAGGGACCACGAGACGGAGCGUGGGGGCACCGUGCCCAACAGCGACGGCACCUACUACACCUGGGCCUCCAUCGAGGCCAACCCGGGGGAGAAGGACAAGUACCGGUGCCGCGUGGAGCACGCCAGCCUGCCCGAGCCCCAACUCUAUGCGUGGGAGACGGAGUCCAACCUGGUGGCCAUCGUGGCGGGGGUGGCUGUUGCUGCAGUCCUGGUUGUCGCUGCCAUCUGUGGAUUCGUCAUGUGGAAGCAGAAGUCAGGGAAUAAGAAGAAGGGCUACGGCGUGGCGUCAGGCACGGACGGGGGCUCUGACUCCUCGGCCACAGGGGUCAUCUCCCGACGGCUGUCAGAGGGACCGGCGUGUGGAUGGAUGUGGCUCCUGCCUUCUCAUCCACUGGAGGCAGAGAGGGGCUGGGGGGAGCUGGGAGAUGAUGGCAGAGAGAGCUUGUCCCCCUGCCCCCCCUUGCCCCAGGUCGUUCCAGCCAGGAUGAGGUUAAUUGUCACAAGGAACUGGGAUUGGACACAGCCGGGUUGACCCAAACUGGGUGACGUUUGUACGGGGCACCAGCUGGGCAGAGGAACGGGACAGAUGGAUUCUGUGGCCUGGCUCCGUGUGUCCCCGCAGUGACCAGGAGGAGGACACUUUGAGGAAGUGAAGAUACUUCAGUGAUCCAAGUGGGCACUGGUGGGCUGCUGUAGCUACAGAGAUGUGUCACAGAGCAGUGUGCCCCCGUGGCCAAGAGCAUCCUGGCCUGGAUCAAGAAGAUUUUGCCAGCAGGACUAGGGAUGUGAUCACCCCCCCUGUAUCCAGCGCUGGUGAGGCUCCACCUCAGAACUCUGCUCAGUUCUGGGACGCUCACUACAAGAGAGACAUUGAGGUGCUGGAUGGUGACACGAACCCUUCGCUGGGCACCCUGUUCCGGUGCAUGACAUCCCUUUCUGUGAAGAAGUUCUUCCUAAUAUCCAAUCUAAACCUCCCCUGGUGCUACUCUCAUCCUAUCUCAGCUUGAAGGCUUGAAUUUCGCAGCAGUAUUUAUUUCGCAGCAG